AGACAAAAACAUCAAAACCCUUUCUAUUUGAGCGCCCCUCCUUCUCUCUAACGAGCCCAUUUCUUCAUUUACACUCCCUUGAUUCACCCAUGGAAGAAGAUGACGAGUUCGGAGAUCUCUACUCUGAUGUCCUUCUUCCUCUCCAGCCUCCUCCUAUUCCUCACCAACAGGAGCAGGUUGAUGAACCCUCUCCAAAGCAACCGAUCGAUACCAAUCUCGAUAGCGACGACGAAGAGAUCUUGUUCGGAGUUCCCAACUCAAAUCAUACGAUCAAAUUGGAGGAUUCUCAACAUGAACAUGACCAGGUCUCUAGCUUGGUGAACUCCACCACCAAGCUUCCUCUUACCGGGGGAUUGCUUUCUAAUCUGAACUUUAAUUUAUGUGGUAAAACGGUGGAUCAGAAAGUGAGGGAAAACGAUGUUGAUAAUCAUCUGGAGUUUGAUAUUAACGGGCCAGCUAUUACUAGGGUUUUGGAUGGUGAUGGGGAAAUGAAAUUGGAGAGAAGCCCCAUUAAGGAUCUGAAUCUCAUUGAUGAAUCUAUAUUGAACAUUACCCUUGAUGGAAGAGACGAUAAAAAUAUCAUCUUGACAGGAAAUCAAGAGAAUUUAAUCGAUAGUAGAGAAACCUAUGAAAAAUUUGAUAUAGAAGAUGCUGAGCCUGUAAUACCAGGACUCCAUAUAGAAAACAUUCAUGGACCUGGUGGAGAAGGUGAUGACUGGGAGAGUGAUAGUGAUGAUGAUUUACAAAUCGUGUUGAAUGAUAACAAUCAUGGCAAUGUUUUGAUGGACAAAUCUGGUGUUAUGGGAAGUGACGAUGAGGAUGAAGAUGGUGAGCCUUUAGUUAUACUUGGUGAUACUGAUCAAGGCCAUCUUCCCAUGGAAGAAGUGGAGUGGGGUGAAGAUGGAGUUCAGAUAGCUGAUGGUGAUAAGAAGGAACUUGGGGAUGCUGAUAAAGCAGAUGGAAUUGCGUCCGCACCAAAAAUUGGAUAUAGCAGCCAUGGAUAUCAUCCAUUUCAUUCCCAGUUUAAGUAUGUUAGACCUGGUGCGGCUGUAGUGGCUUCUGUUGGAGUUCCAGGUCAAGUUCGUCCUCCAGCUGGUAGAGGUAGUAGUGAUUGGCGGCCAUCUGGAAUGCCGUCUGGAAUGCCAACUGGAAUGAAGAAUAAUGUUCCUUUUGUGCAGAAAGGUUUUAGUGCUGGUUUUGGGACACCUCUUUAUUCAUCAGCUGGUCGUGGUGGUGGACUUGGUGGUGGACUUGAAUUUACACUUCCAUCGCAUAAGCCUAUCUUUGAUGUUGAUAUCGAUAGUUUUGAGGAAAAACCUUGGAAACAACCUGGAAUUGAUAUUUCAGAUUAUUUUAACUUUGGUUUGAAUGAGGAAAGCUGGAAAAGCUAUUGCAAACAGCUGGAACAUCAUCGCAUGGAGGCAACCAUGCAGAGCAAAAUCAGUGUACAUGAAAGUGGAAGAGCAGAAAAUGUGUAUGAUCCUGAUCUUCCACCAGAAUUGGCUGCAGCAGCUGGUAUGCAUCUUGCGUCCUCUGAACCUGCAAAUGUAGGGAAGGUAGAUGGUGGCCUUGUCAAUGGUUCUGUUCGUGUGCGACCACCAUUACCAAUGGGAAGACCUAUACAGGUGGAAACAGGUAACGGAGAGCGUCUCCCUUCUAUUGAUACUCGAGCAACACGAUUUCGUGAUUCUGAUGCAGUUAUUGAGAUUGUCUUGCAGGAUUUUGCAAAUAACGAUCCAUUACCCGCAAACGAUGCUGCAGAAUUGCCAGAAAAUGAUAAUUUAAGAGAGGAUCUGAGUGGAAGCCAUGAAUCUGAACGAGAUAUCGUAGAAGAAGAUGCAAAGAAGAGGGAGUUAACGGCAAGAAGUGGAUCUUGUUCUAACUCUGUUCCGGAUGAUCGAAGUGGGUCAUCAACAAAUUCUGCACCCAAUCUUCUUGGUAAAGUAAAGAGAACUUUCCACCCUGAAGAACCUCUUCAUUAUUCUCCCCAACCCAAAGGCAGUAGAUCUCCUUAUUCUGAUGAAGAUACUGACAAUCUUCUUGAAGACGGACGCGCAAAAGAAAGAGCAGAUGAAAGAUCUCCAAGUGUGAUCCCUAGUGAUAGUAAGAAAGAAGAAUCAACUGAAAACAUUGAUGUAAAACAUAGCCCUCAGUUGUCAUCACCUGCUAGUUUCGCGAGUGGCGAGCAACUCUCUGUAGGACAUGAUGAGCUGGUGGGAGCUCGUAGUGGCCUUAGAAGGAACAGUAAAGAAACAUCGGCCUUGAAAACAACUGCUUCUGCUAAUAUCAUCCCUAUAGAUGAAAAAAAUUAUCAAUCUCUGAAGAGGCAAAAAGUAAGUUCUCAUAUCCAACAAUCUCCAUUACAAGAAGCUGACGAUCUCGAGGAUUUAAAGGCUGCACGAAGUAGCGAAAACAGCAAGGCGAGAUCGGGUAGUAGUCGCGAUGUUCAGAAGUUGAAUGAUGGUAUGGAUGAGGAAGUUGUCCAACGUCGAAAUUUGGUACGAGCUCGAGAUAUGAAGAGGCCCACUAAUGAAGAAGAGCAAAUUGCAAGAAGAAAAGGACGUGAAAUAGGAAAGAAGAUCAAUGUGGAAGAAGGCACACAUUCUCGUAGAGAUUGGGAACUCGAAUACGCUCAUCGCUCAAAUUUGAAGGCUGAGAGCAGUUUGGUUAGGCGAAAAGACAAGGAGAGUUCAGAUGGAACUUGGAAACAUAGGGUUGAAGAUUUGCAUGUAAGGGCUAGAGCUGAGGAAACAAGGAAACGAGGGAGAGAUAAUGAGAGAUUGGAAAAAGACGAAUAUCUACAGUCAAGAAAGCAGCUAGAAAAUGGUACUUCAAGAAUUCAUCGUGAGAGAGAAGUGGCAUCUCGACAAAAAGGACGAUACGAGACUAUGGAUGAACUCCGAGGAAAAAGAAGAAAAGAAGAGCAUCUAAGAAAAGACGUUGAGAAAGAAGAAAUCCUGCAUAGAAAACGAGAUAGGGGAGAUAUGAGAAACAAAGAAGAAAUCUGGAUCUCGAGAGAGAGAGUUGAGAAGCAAAAAGAACGAGAAGAGUGGCACAAGAUCAAACAAAUAAAUGAGGAUGGACGAGGAUUGAGGAGUAGUCGAAUAGGAGAGGACAAAGCAUCAUAUGGAUUCAAGAGAAGGGACCAUAUGGAUGAUUUGGGUCCUUCCCUACAUAAUAGAGGACAUGAAGAUGUUUUAUAUCCACGUGUAAACCAACUUAUGAAUGACGAUAGAAGAUCAAGACAGGAAUCUGCAAAUACUCGCAACGAUACUAACGAUAAGAAACUUAAAGAACCGCCAACAAAGAAGAGGAGAGAAUAUAAAAGUGGCGAUCAGAGGACCUUGCACUCUUCCAUUACAAGCCAAGAACAGAGUAUCAUUAAGAAUGAGCUGGUUUCAAGCGAAGGUGGAAGAAAUGGAAGUCGUCAUCAUCUUCUUCAGCAUCAGUCACCAAGAAAACAGAAAGAAGAGGUAUCUUCAGGAGACGAGCAUCAGCAGCGAGAUUCAAGGAGAGGGAGGUCGAAAAUGGAACGUUGGACAAGCGAUAAGUAUAAAACAGACGGAGGAAUAAAAGAGGAAUCUACCCUUCAUGGAGAAAUGGAUGGCAAGAACUCUGAAACAAAGCCGCCUUUAGAUGACAAACAUUUGGACACAGUGGCAAAGUUGAAGAAAAGGAGCGAACGGUUUAAGCUUCCAAUGCCGAGUGAGAAGGAUGUGAUUGCUGUGGUUAAGAAGAUUGAAUCUGAACCGUUGAAUUCAACCGGAGGUGGCGAUAAUAUUAUUAGUAAAACAGAAUUGGAGGUGAAACCGGAGCGACCAACUAGGAAGAGAAGUUGGACUGGUAAAUAAACUACUAAUCAUAAUGAAGUUAUCCCACUUGAGACUGUAACACAGAAUGUUUUUUUUUUCUUUCUGAAUUUUGGGUUUUUUGAAGAACAUUGAUUGAUGAUUCAUAUGAGUAUGUAUACUGAUUGUGGUUUUAAGAAAGAGGGGACACUUACAUUCAUUAGAAGAAGACAGAACCAGAAGAUGAAGAAGAAGACAGCCAGACAGACAGACAUUUACACUUGAUUCUCUGUUCUUACUAUACCACUUGCCUGUAUUAUUAAAUAAUUUGUAUUGACAGUUAAGCUUUUUAUUUGUAUGAAUCCUCUCCCUUUCCCCAUUUGUUGUAUGAUAUGAUGAAAUACUCAAAGUUUAAUCUAAUGUAAUA